AUGAAAGCUGCUCUUGCUAUCAUCUUCUUCGCCUGCGUUGCUGGCUCAAUGGCUGCUGAUGCUCGCCUCCAAAUCGUCGACCAACUCCUUGCUCAAGGUCAAGGUAUUGCUCAACAAAUCUUCAGCCAACUUCAAGCUACCAUCCUCGCUACAAUCCAAUCCGCUGUUGGUCAAAUUUCAGCCCUCAUUGGUGGACGAUUCGACUUCAGCGAAAUUUUCAACCAAUUCAAACCCAUGCUUGAACAACUCGCCAAUCAAGCCCUCUCACAAGUUCUCGGUAGCCUCUCAGGCAUCUUCGGUGGAUCCCGUAUCGAUCUUGCUUCAAUCUUCGGAGACUUCUGGUCCGGAAUCUCCACCCAAGUUACCGAACUCGGUCAACACUUCCUCAACCAAGGUUUAGCUGCUGUUCUCGGUGGACUCGGUAGCCUCGGAUCACGUGGAAUCAGCGACAUCUUUGCCUCAAUCUCACAAAGCAUCGGAACCGCUGUCACAGCUGCCCAAGGUGCCCUCACUGGUGCUCUCGGUGGAUUACAACAACUCGGAUCACAAAUCCUUGAUGCCUCAAAACCACACUGGGAACAACUCCAAGAACAACUUGUCGGUCAUGGCCUCAACGUUCUCGGUUCACUCUCUGAAACCAUCAACAACGUUCAUGGAUCAAUCGUCGGUGGUCGUUAA